AUGCCUUUUCGGGCUCAAGCACUCUACCCCAGCCCUAGCUGGCAUCAGCACCUGCAUCCCGGCGGCUCCAUCAUGAGCUUAAGGGAUGCCUCUAUAAAGCUGAACAUGGGCGAGCUGCCCGUCGACGCCUGUCCAGCUCAGCGUCCGAUCCAACCGUGGGCGAAACUCGAUCCCUCUGACUGGAGGUUCUGGCUCCUCGAGAGGUUCAGCUUGCGACUAAUUGAGGGUUUCCUUCGCUGGUACCUCGACAACCAUAAUGUGGUCCGCAAGUCGGCCUUCCAAACCCAUGCCCGGCUUGUGAGCGGCACCCUAACGGAUCAGUAUGAGCUUGAACUGAGCGCGUCCGAGCAGUCUCCGUUUAAUAUCGACGAUCUACUCUUCACGACGUAUCAUCUGCUUGCGUGUGCGCGACCCGGAACCUUGAUCGAGUCAUCGGGAUAUCUUCAUGAGAAUGACGCCUUAAAAUGGAAAGACAUCGAACUCUUUAUGGUGAAGCACCCAGACAGCCCCACAUCUCAAGUCCUUCUGAUAAGGGUGAAGCAUCGAUUGAACAAAGGCCGAAGAAAUGAAGGAGUAGCGCGAGUACCGCGCUAUAUAUCGCUUCUAGUCUAUGCUCUGACGCACUUCGGGCCUGUGUACACAUACACGGAACGAAACGAUAACCUAGGACUCUGCGUCGUUCAGGAUAUACUGAUGUAUGCGUUCCUAGACGACGCGUUUGAUAGUAAGCACAUCCGGUGUCCCCGCGAUAUCUGGCGCCUCACCCUUGUCCCCGACCACCGUCUCAGUACGCCGAUUGAAUUCAAGGACAGUGUUAAGGAACUUCCGAUCCUGCGGGGUGCUUGUCAGAACCAGGCGGGCCUUCUAGUGACAGAUCCUCAGCGCGCGCUUCAGUACAACCAAGUGCGACAGUGGGAGGCAACGACAAGUGAAUUGGCCGGCUUUAAGGGCAAAGGCACUCUCUACAAGUAUCGCAAAGGCGCAGCCGCGAAUAACAGGGAUCUGGACGAGCAUUCGCGGAAUCGCAUUAUGGGCCAUAUCCUGGGGAAGACGUUUGCCAACUACAUAUCCAUCAUGGAUGACACGCAAUUGAUGUUCAUGGAAACACUCACCAGAAAGUCCCUAAUCAGCCUCGCUACCCAUGCAAUCCGGCGACUGCGUUCCAAGGAAUUACAGAAGCUUCAGAACAAGAUCAAGUCGAGACGAAAGAAACUCUGCGAUUCGGCGAAACGGGAACGCCGCGCUGGAUUCUUCCGUGAGAUCGGCAACCGUAUCACUGGGAGCAAUCACCAGGGGGAGCAAAUCACAUUUACCCCCGAUGACAGCCGGAUCCAGCCGGAGAGGAUUGAGCUCGCCAACCUGGAGUUUCAAAAUAGAGAUGCGGAUAAGAUCGACGGGAUUCUGCUGAUUGAAGACCGAAUCCGCUCCCUGGAACUACGGCUGCAACUACACAAGCUCCAUGUGCCCCGUGGUCUUAAAGCUCACGUUCAAUUCAAUGAAGCUACCGUAAAAGUUGCGUCGGACGAUGAAACAGAAGAAUCGGAAGACAGCAAGCCGAAGCUUAUUCUGCAGUGCCCGGUGUGCUUGGCGCGUACAGAAGAUCUUAUCCCAGUAGCAAGGAAUUACCACUAUGCUCGAAAAGAUGCACUACAGCAGCAUUUUGCGACCCAUAAACUGCCGAUGUUCUUCGAAACACCUGGCCGUCGAUGUGAUAUUCCCGGCUGCAGCUUUAUUUUCCCUUCGUUGAAGGGCUAUAAGCUGCAUCUGUCUAAACAGCAUAAUAUUUUUCUUUGA